AGAAUUUCCACGGCACCUAAAAAACAAGAGUUUCAAUUGUAUAAAGAAAUCCAUGUGUGACAGAACCUUUACACAAGGAGGGCAACAGCGUCGACAUGGCAAUCGAGUAACUCCUAAAUGCGGAGAAGCAGUGUUGCCUGGCUGGCGAUGUGGCCAGCACUAGGAAGGACAUCGUCGAGCUCUCCUUCAAGGAUGGCGCCUGGAAGAUGCUUAACUACCAGAUCGUUGUCCUCUCUAAGAGGAGGAGGGCCAGCUCAAGUAGAGAAUGGCGUCACCUGGGAGGACGGCAGCGGCGUGCCCGUGUUCGCGGAGUACAACCUCGACGAGCUCCGCGCCUCCACCGACGGCUUCGCAACGGACCACAUCGUCUUCGAGCACUACGAGAAGGAGCCUAACGCCAUCUACCACGGGCCCUCUUCAGCUCUGGCACCACCGUCGCCAUCAAGCUCUUCUACCGCUCCACCUGGCCUGAAGCACGCCAAUUCAUGGAGGAGGCUAGGGCAGUUGGGCUGCUGCAGAGCGUUCGCUUGUCCAACCUCAUCGGAUGAUGCUACGAGGGUGGCGAGCGGCUGCUCAUUGCUGAGUUCAUGACGCAUGAUACCUUGGCAGCUGUGAUUCAUAGUGUGGUUAGCGUUUGUUAAGUUUACUAGCUCCUUCAUUGCUGAUGGGUCGCUGGUGGUGCUUUUCUGCCGAGAAUUAAAAAAACAACGUAUUCCAUGUUUCAUGCGGUUUAUGAAUCUCUUUCCUAUUUCUCCGUUUCAGAUAAUGGUCAUGUUUACACUCGAGUGUGUGAUUUGUGGACGGGGGGUGCAGUCUAUCUGAAUAUUCAAUUCAUGCUUUGAUCAUGAGUAUAGUACAUUCAAAAUUAGCAAAAGCAAUAAUGCAUAGCAGCAGUGUCAAUCUUGUAGGUGAAGGAAAUAUGUCCUAGAGGCAAUAAUAAAGUAUUAUUUAUUUCCUUGUAUCA